UUUUCCAAAUUCUCCUGUCCUCCCUUGUGUUUGGUUCGAGGGUCGAGCCGUAUUGAGUCCUUUUCUCCCAUACCGCAAUGCGGACGGGUUCGAUGGUGGGAACGCAGUUAACUCGGCCAUUGAACACGUAACGCAGGCAGGCAGGCAGUCCGGCCGGGUGGCAUCGUACUCUCUUAGCUCCCACAUUCUCAUCGAUCGCCCCCGCUCGGUUUCGCUUUUACCUGGCCUAGUAUCUUCAGUCUUUCGAGUCUCACAAACACGGAGAAAAGUUGUAGAGAGAGAGAGAGAGAGAGAGAUGUGGGUGUUCUAUCUGAUCUCUCUGCCUCUGACGGUUUGCAUGGUGAUUUCCACUCUGAGGUACUUCGCGGGCCCAGAGGUCCCCGCUACGUGCUGCUCACCGUCGGAUACACCUGGUUCUGCUCCCUUUCCGUCAUCAUACUCGUCCCUGCCGACAUCUGGACGGGCUGUGGUGCCCCUUAUUCAGGGUUUUGAAGAUGCUGGAGACUUCACUAUGAAAGAAAGAUUGAAGACCAGCCUGCAUGUUAACUUCAUAUUUUAUGUAGUUGUGGGGUUUAUAGGCCUCUUUGGACUUAUUCUCAUCAUUAUGAUGCAUAAGAACUGGAGUGGAGGUAUUUUGGGUUUAGCCAUGGCCUGCUCAAAUACAUUUGGGCUUGUUACAGGUGCAUUUCUUCUUGGCUUUGGCUUGAGCGAAAUUCCCAAAAGCAUGUGGACAAAUGCAGACCAGACCACCCGUCAAAGAGUUUUAUCUCAUAAAAUUGCCAAAAAGGCUGUUAAACUUGAUGAAGCUCAUCAAGAACUUUCAAAUGCUGUAGUAGUUGUUCAAGCAACAUCCAAUCAUAUGUCAAAGCGGGAUCCUUUGAGACCCUACAUGAAUGUUAUCGACAAUAUGUUAACUCAAAUGUUUAUGGAAGAUCCAUCCUUCAAACCACAAGGAGGCCGCUUGGGGAAAAAUGAUAUGGAUUAUGAUACAGAUGAGAGAUCAAUGGCAACACUUAGGCGUCAUCUUCGACAAGCUCGAGAGGAGUACUACCGUUACAAAAGUGAGUACAUGGCCUACAUCAUGGAGGCCCUUGAACUGGAGGAUACAGUAAAAAGUUAUGAACACCGUUCUUCAACUGGAUGGAAGUAUAUCUCAAGCCUUAGACCUGCUAAUGCUGGCAAAAUAGGGCACCUCAUUGAUGCAAUUGAAUUUUGUUGGCGAUGCAUCCUCAGAAACCAACUUGAGAAACUCUUGGCUAUUGUACUUGGUAUCAUGUCAGCCGCGAUUCUAUUAGCAGAGGCAACUUUGCUAACUAGUGGAGUUGAUCUAUCUCUUUUCUCGGUCCUUGUAAAUUCUGUCAAGAAGCAAGAAGCACUUGUGCAGGUCCUUGCCUUUGUUCCUCUAAUGUAUAUGUGCAUCUGCCCAUAUUAUUCCUUGUUCAAAGUUGGAAUGUUUAUAUUUUACUCAUUAACUCCAAGACUAACAAGCUCAGUUAACUUGCUCAUGAUAUGCUCGAUGGUUGCUCAGUAUCCUCCAAUUUCUUACAACUUUCUCAAUCUCAUUAGUCUUGGUGACAAUGAAGACACUAAGACUAUAUUUGAGAAGGUAUUUCAAUCACCGGGUGUCAGUUCUUUCAACACUGCAUGGAUAGUCUAGCAGAAAGUAAUUUUUUUCUUAAAA